GACGAUACGUUAAAUGCUCUUGCAAUAAAUAAGCACAAAAAUGCAGGCACACACGUGGAGGACACAUUAAUGUUAUUGCAGCGCUUGUCCCUCUUUCAGAAAGGUUCAAUUGGCUCUGAGCACUAUGGGACUUAAGUUCUAACGUCAUCAGUCCCCUAGAACUUGGAACUACUUAAACCUAACUAACCUAAGGACAUCACACACAUCCAUGCCCGAGACAGGAUUCGAACCUGCGACCGUAUCGGCAAGAGCAGUUUCGCUCAUGAUCUUACGCACGGAAUAAUUAGUGACAACUUUUAGCCAUGUGUUUCUUUAAUGAAUCUCGAUCCACUAAAAAUGUUCAGUCAAUAUUUCUCUUCAUGACUGUUCUGCACAUUGGACUGUUAUUUUGCACUGAUAACCGCCGGGCAAUGCAUUCCUUAUGAAAAAGGUGUUUGGAUUUUGUCAGCACGAAUUGACCACUUUCAUUUGUUAAGCAUAUAGAACAGUCAUUUUCAGGUUCUUCUGUCAGUAUUUCAUACGGACAUAACAUCUUUUGUCUGAACGAUUCAGAUAGAUUUUGAAAUUUUAAAAUUACUUCCCAGUUUACUUACUGCUGAAAUUCCAUUACAGAACCUUCAGACAGCUUUUCACAAAGCGAUAUCCCAUUCCAGAACAAUCUAUCCUGGCAAGCCCGCAUCAAAUCGUCAGACAUCUUUUUUUUUGUGCAAUGACAUAAAUUCCCAGUCUAAUCUGUCAGCGAAUUCUCGCCUGAAAUUUUCAGACAGUUUUUGAUGUGCUGAUAUUGGAAAUCAAUCUAAUCUGUCUUGUAAUUCUCUCAUGAAAUCUUGAGACAGCAUUUCAUGUUUUGAUACGUUAUGCCAGCAUAAUUUGUCUUGAAAUUCUCUAAUGAAAUCGUCAGUUUGUGCUUCCAUGCUAUUGCAUAUCAGUAUAAUCUGUUUUGGAAUUAUCUUAUGAAAUUUUCUGAUAUUUUUUGAUGCAAUGACAAAUAUUCCCAGUUUACUCUGUCUACGAAUUCGCGCAUGAAAUUUUCAGACAACGUUGCCCACAUGAGGCAUCAUAACAACGUUCCACCAGGCAACGCCGGUCAACAGCUGUUUCUGUAUGAGAAAUCGAUUGGAAACUUUCCUCAUGUCAGCAAGUUGUAGGUGUCGCCAACCUUGUGUGAGUGCUCUGAAAAGCUAAUCAUUUGCACAUCACAGCAUCCUCUUCCUGCCAGUUAAAUUUCGCGCCUGUAGCACGCCAUCUUCGACGUGUACCAAUUUUAAUGGCCAGUAGUGUAUGUUUCGCAAGGCAAGCGCUCUGAAAAAUUCGGGAAAUUUGGAAAUUUGUGUUGCUGACUCUUUUCAGCUAUUCACCUGAGCCACCAUUGUGACACUGGGUGGAUACAUGGUGUAACUGACUUGUGGUGAACAACGUUUCCUGACUGAUGCUUGCCACAGAUCUGCCUGUGACCCCUAAUUGCACCAGAUGUAGUGUUUAAGGGCAAAGGGCUGCUCAGUUGGCGACGACAUGUUUCAGGAUCAUCUCCGAUGUCACACGCUCAGAAGAUGGAGGGCGCGCCAGCAGAGGCAGUGCGUGCGCAGACUCACUCCACAGCCAGUGUCACGGGAGGCGAGACUGCGCCCGAGCAGGUCGACUCCAUACCCAGUGUCACGGCAGCUGAGGCGGUGCCUGUGCAGACUCACUCCAUCCCCGGUCUGAAAGCAGCCGAGGCCGUGCGUGCUCUGACUCGCUCCGUGCCUGGUCUCACAGAUGCCGGCGCCAUUAACCUCUUAAAGGGUCACUUACAGCUGAUGGCUGUACAGCAUACGCACUCGACACCGAGUGUUACGGCAGACCAGGGAGCGUCUACGCAGAAUCACUCCGCCCGCAGUCUCGAGGCAGCCUGGGCUGUGCGUGCGCUGACUGACUCCUUCCCCGGUCUCACGGGUCCUGGCGCCAUUAACCUGUUAAAGGGUCACUUACAGCUGAUGGCUAUACAGCACAGCUUGGCACUCACGGAAGACAAGGCAAGGGAGCUUUCUCAAAUGAACAGCCGGAUGAUCCAGAUGGCAGAUGACGGGAUGGUGGAAGAGGUGGAGAGGCUGCUGAUGUUAGGGGCGAACGUGGAGGCGAAGGAAGAGAGGUAUGGCUGGACAGCCCUUCACCCUGCAUCAAUCGACGGACACUUGAGCGUGGUGCAGUGUCUGCUGAGGUACGGAGCGGAUGUGGGAGCGAGAGACAGCGAAGGGCGGACGCCACUGCACUGGGCCGCGAGGUACGGACAAUUGGAGGUGCUGGAGUAUCUGCUGGAGAACGGGGCGGAUGUGCAGGCGAAGGACGUCGAAGGCCAGACGCCAGUACACUGGGCAGCAAAGAAUGGCAGUUUGGGGGCGCUGGAGGUCCUGCUGGAGAGUGUGGUAGGCGCCGAGGACAACAAUGACGACACCCCUCUCCACUUGGCCGCAACCUGGGGCUACACAGAAGCGGCGCUGCUACUGGUGAGGUUCGGUGCUGACCUGGGUGCCGAAGGCCAGGAGGGGCUGACGCCGCAGCAGAGGGCCGAACGCUGGGGCCACGAAGGCACGGCAGCUGCACUGCUGGCAGCAGCCUCCCAGACUGGAGUCCAGCAAAUGUCUGUGGACUAAAAUUGAAAUAGUUUCACUACACAUUUUUUCUUUUCUGGAAUAAAGCAUACAAAAAAUUUA